AGGCGCCUGCGUUCGAGUUUUGGGCGGCGGCGAGCGAGCGAGAGGAGAAAGGAGGAAUGGAGCGCAGCGGAGGGCUGACUCUGGCGCAGGAGCUCCGUCGCUGGGCGGCCGAGGAGAUGAAGCUCCCGCCCGGAAGGAUCCCCUCCGAGAGAGCCGCCCGAAGGAUGUGCUCAGGUCAAUGCGCUGAGAUCUGGAAGUACGUCAUCCGCCACGUUCAUCACCAGAGCAACGUAAAGAAGAUCCGAGGGAACUUGUUGUGGUAUCAACAGAUGGAGGAGGCUGAGGGCAAGCCUAGUGGCCUGGAGUCGGAGAAAGAGUGUCGCAAGCAGCUGGUUCAGGGCAUUGCCCGCAUGCGUGAGGAGCUGCAGAAGAUCGACCUGCACAUUGAAUCAGCACAGCGGGAGCUGAUGGCUGAUGAGGUGACUCUGGAGACAGCCCAGGAGGAGAUCCGUGAUGCUAAGCGCCGCACCUUGCUUCUGAAGGCCUACUCAACCCGGGUCAUGGCAGAGCGUCAACAGUUGCACAGAAAAGCAACGCAAAUUAGAGGGCGUCUUGAACAACUGGAGGAGAUGGAAAGUAAGUCCCGGACAGCAGUGAUCUUGGGUAAGACGUCAACAUCUGGAUUGCCCAGUUUGAAACCAGAAGUUCUGCAUGAUGUUCAAGAAGCCUGUCAGCUUCGUUUCCAGUUCCUGAAGACCCUCUUUGAGCGAAGUAUAUCUGGGAACCUUCCCAGUGGGAUGAGUGAGGACCAGUUGGACAGUUCCUACCAGCGCUGGCUGAACAUUGUGGAGAGAGUUUCUGGCUGCCACCCACCAGCCCACAUCCUUUCUGCCUUGGAGCACCUGGCCCUUCAGAGCACACAGCAGUUGCAGGAGCUUACCAACCGCAUCAACAUCCCUCAUGAUGUGGAAGCACUCAAGUUUCGCUACAACAGUGGCCACUUAGAGGAUGUUUCAGACCCAGCAGAUGACCUGCCUCCUAUCCGAGGCCUCAUUCAGGAGGGCUGGAGCAAAUGUGAGAUGCUAUGUGUGGAGCAAAUCCGACUGCGUGCCCAGGAAAAGAAGCUGUUGGCACAGUUGGAACCUGUUGUCCAAGAGAUGCAUCGCCUGCUUUCUGAUGGCUCAGAGCAUUCCAUCUUAGCCAGAGCUGUGUUUGAGCUGGAGCUCCGGGCUGUCAGACUCAGGGGGUAUAGAGAUGGCCUACAGCAUGGCUGCCGAGAACUGGAAGAGGUGGUGAUGACCCGACAUGCAGAGCUCCAGGGUUUGCAGGCAAAACGCCAGCGUAUCCUGGACUUCCGGCACCUAGUGAAUGAGAAACAGCAGCACAUUCGACUGCUCAUCAGGGGCACCUCUUACGUUAAAUCCCAGCUCCGCAAGGACCAGGCUGAGAUCCAGGACUUCAUAGAGAAGAAACUGCUUCCCCGGGCACAUCAGGUGGAAUUAGAAACACAGAAACUUAACAACUGGGUGGAUCAGGAGGUCCGGCAGUUUCGGUCCAUCGCCUUGCCUUGCUUGUUGCGCCGCAAGCUCCCUGGUUCUAAGUGUAUCCCUGCCCAUGAGCUUUCUAUCCACCGCCUGAGCCGUAUAGCACCAGCUGAGUACCGAGCCUUUCUCAAUGUGUGUAGUGGAGCUGCCUUCCCCCUUUACAAGGCCCCUGAGCAGCUGCUUCUCCACAUGGUGGACCUGAAGAAGAUGCUCCUUGGCCUUCGUGCACAACUGAGUUCCAAACAGAGAGCAUUGGGAAGCCUGCAGCACCAGCUGGAAGAGGCCCCAGAACCCAAUGUGCAAGCCUUAGUGCAAGAGGUGCAGACCCAUGAUCAGGAGCAGGCUCGCGAGCUCCUGCCUCGGAUCCAGCGAGUGACAGAUCAGUGCAGAAGUCAUAUCGAACACUGGAAAGAGGUGCAGGCCAUUGUGGAUGCCUGGUGGGAACAACCGGGACAGUUUGUGCUGCCUGGUGAGCGCCGUCAUGGGUUCACAUUGCAGCAGUGGCUAGAGCGCUGGACCCUGGCCUCCAAGACCUUGCAGCAGCAGAAGCAACACAGCUGGGUCUGAAAUCAGUAUAAG